UAACCAUACCGCGUACACGUACUACCCGUAAUCCGUCACAAGAAUUCGUUCACGCACACGAAAUUUUAGACGACGCGAUUUGAUUUGUUUUACGCAUGAGGCUGUCGCGUUAUACUUUUAUACAACAUUAAACUAUUACUCGAGUGUUACAGUACCGUAUUUACAGUGCGUAUUAAAUCGAUCGAAAAAAGAUUUUCAAAGAAUAAUAAUCCUUUUUUCCACAAGUUUUCCGACCGAUCGGCAAUUUAAUAUAAAAAAAAUGGCAUCGGUACUGAACAUGAACUACGGCGUGUACUUCGGCGGUGACCGGUACGACGUCGAUCAAUACGACCUAUCAGCUAGUGAUACGCUUCGCGCCGUCUACGAAGCGGCUUUCUCCAGUGGCGGCGGCGUCGGGCCAUCUUCGUCGGCUGUGGCGGUGGCGUCACCGGAUCAGGGACUCGUCGACGAGUCGACGUCAAUGAUCGGUGUCGUACGAGGUGGUUCUCCGGCAGGUUCCGCGUGCACAGUCGUCACAACAUCCACUACGACGGCUUCGUCGUCUUCUUGCGCUGGCGACGAUCCAAAGUCUCCGUACGGUGGCUAUGGCGGAAGUGGUGGCGAUACGGCCCUCGACUUCGGCACCUACGACGACGGAUUGGGCAGUGAACUGGCGGGCAGUGACGACGCGUGCACGGACGUGGUGACGAAGAAACGCCGGUUAGCUGCCAACGCCCGAGAACGGAGGCGCAUGCAGAACCUGAACAAGGCGUUUGACCGUCUCCGCACUGUGCUGCCCACGCUCGGCAACGACCGACAGUUGUCCAAGUACGAAACCCUACAGAUGGCCCAGACUUAUAUAACGGCCUUAUACGAUCUGCUCCAGUGAUCGGCUCUUGCUCAAGACUGCUCCUCGACUGCGGAUCCAGCAGGACGAAAGAAUCCUUCGAGACGAAUACGGUAUAGGUACCUAUAAUAGUAAUAAUAUAUAAAUGGCGAACUUAUCAUAAUAAUAUCACCUUACCUGUAUAACAUUAUAUCGGGCAUGACGCUAUUGGCGUCGUAAUUUAUUUUUAUAUCAGACUAUAGAUUAAUUUAGAAAAUGUAAUCAUACACAUUCCCCCUUUGAAUGCACUAUUUAUGUAUGGUAUUAUUAAUGGCCGUUUUUAUGUAUACGGUUUACUUUCCAUCUAGUCAGUGGCCGAUUUAAGUGUGGUAAAAAUAAUAUCGUGUUGAACAACAAUUUUUACUUUUUUUAUUUUUUAAAAUAGAU